CGUCAACGACUCAGGGUUUUAUGUAAAAGGAGGGAAAUAGAUAGAAAUAAAGAAAUAUAAUUAUUAAACAAAUAGAAAUUAGAACAAUUUCUAUUUUUUUUAAGAAAAAAGUAUUUUGAAAAACAGUAAAUUUAAGAUGAAUUAAAGAAUUGGUAAAAAAGAUCAUGGAUGGAAAAUAAGCAUAUAAUAAGAGAGAAUGGAUGAAAAAGUAGUAAAUUCGAGACAUUUUGAGGGAAAAUUGGCUGAAAAUAAAGAUAAAUAUACAAAAAAUAAAGAAGAUAGAGUAUAUGCAUCAUCUUUAAAAAUAAAAAACAAACCAGAGAAAAAAAAAUCUAAAAAACGUACGAAAGGAGUAAUAGAAUCGGAUAAGGAAUCAAAUAGUGGCAAAGAAAUGGAAAAAUGUUUAAAAAAAAAAAAAGAGAUAAAUAAGGAGAAUAUAAAGACUAUUAAUUAUGAUUUGGAGCAUUUUAAAACAGAAAAUGAGGACUUAUGUCUAGAAAAACCGACAUUUACUUUAUAUAAAAAGAUAUUAAAUAAUGAAAAUGAUUUAAAUUUAAGUAAUCUAGAAGAAAAGAAUGGGUUAAGAAAAGACGGUCUAGUUGAUUCAAUUAAAGAAAAAAAAACAAGAAAAAGAAUGCUAAAAUCAAAACAAUCAGAUAAUUUGAAAGAUAAAGCAUCGGAAAAUAUAGAGAUUAAGAAAGAAAUAGAUGAAUCUUAUGUAGAAACAGAAAAAAAAUUAAAGAAAAAGCAUAAAACUUCAGAAAAAGAAUUAAACUCUGAAAAAUCAAAGAAUGAAGAGUUGUCGCAAUCAAAAGAAGAGGAAGAAGAUUACAAAUGGUGGGAACAGCAGCAAGGGGAUGGAACAAUUAAAUGGAAAACAUUAGAACAUAACGGUGUUUUAUUCCCUCCUCCAUAUGAACCACUUCCUUCCUAUGUUAAAAUGAAAUAUAAAGGAGAGCCAAUUAGUCUUCCACCAGAAGCAGAAGAAAUUGCUGGCUUUUUUGGGGCAAUGUUAUCUUCAGAACAAUAUGUCAAAAAUCCUACUUUUCAAAAAAACUUUUUCCAUGAUUUUCAAGAAACAUGUAAAAAAACAAAUGCGCCAGUAAUUCCUGAAAAAUUUGAAUAUUGUGAUUUUACACCAAUGUUUGAAUAUUUUGAAAAGAAAAAAGAAGAAAAAAAAAACAAAUCUAAAGAGGAGAAGAAGAAAUUGAAAGAAGAAAAAGAUGCAUUAGAAGAAAAAUACAAAUAUUGUUUUCUUGAUGGUCGGAAAGAAAAAGUAGGUAAUUUUAGAAUUGAACCUCCUGGAUUAUUUCGUGGCCGAGGCGAUCAUCCUAAAACAGGAAAAUUGAAGACAAGAGUUGUUCCAGAACAGGUUAUUAUUAAUAUAGGGAAAGACUCGGUUAUUCCUUCUCCACCACCUGGACAUAAUUGGAAAGAAGUACGUCAUGAUAAUACAGUAACCUGGCUUGCUACAUGGAAUGAAAACGUAAACAAUAAUGUGAAAUAUGUAUUUUUAAGUGCGGGAAGCUCUUUAAAAGGCCAAAGCGACUUAAAAAAAUAUGAAAAGGCUAGAGAACUCAAGCUAUAUAUUGAUAAUAUUAGAAAACAAUAUCGAGAAGAACUCGAAGAUAAACUUAUGGAAGUUCGCCAAAGAGCAACUGCCAUGUAUUUGAUUGAUGUAUUUGCUCUUAGAGCAGGAAAUGAAAAAGGCGAAGAUGAAGCAGAUACCGUGGGAUGUUGCUCACUAAGAUAUGAACAUAUAUCUCUGAGACCACCAAAUACUGUAGUCUUUGAUUUUCUCGGGAAAGAUUCUAUAAGAUAUUAUAAUGAAGUACAAGUUGAUCCACAAGUUUUUAAAAAUUUAAAAAUUUUUAAGCGAUCUCCUAAAACAGAAGGAGAUAUGCUUUUUGAUCGCCUUAAUACCUCUAAGUUAAACAAUCAUUUGACAAGUUUGAUGCCUGGUUUAUCUGCUAAAGUAUUUCGUACUCAUAAUGCGUCAUAUACAAUGUCAGAACAACUAAAAAAUACACCUAAAGAUGCUUCUGUAUCAGAUAAGGUAUUAGCAUAUAAUAGAGCAAAUCGUAUGGUGGCUAUUCUUUGUAAUCAUCAGCGCACGAUUAGUAAAGCGCAUGGCGCACAGAUGGAAAGAAUAGAAGAUAAGAUUUUGGCAUUAAAAUAUCAAAAAAUAAGACUGCGCAAAGCUAUUUUGACUUUAGACUCUCAAUUGGGAAAGAAUAGACCGGAUUUAUCUGAAGCAAUUUCAGAUAUUGAUGAGGAUUGGAUCAAAGAACAUCAAAAAGUUUUAAUAGAAAAAGAAUAUGAUAAAAUUAAAAGAAAAUUCCAAAAAGAUAAUGAAAAACUUUUAAGUCAAAAUGAAAAACCAAUGCCGGAAAGUCAUUUAGAAAAAUUUCUUAAAAAAAUAAAUGAAAUGAAAGAAGAUUUCAGAAUAGAAAAUGAAAAAGGUAUAGUUGAAUCAAAAAAGAGAGGUAUAACAAUAGAGAAAUUGGAUUUACAAAUUAAAAAGAUUAAUGAACGGAUCCGUCAAAUGAAGGCAUUAAUGAUUGAUAAAGAUCAAAACAAAACUACAGCAUUGGGAACAUCGAAAAUAAAUUAUAUUGAUCCUCGAUUAACAUAUGCAUGGUGUGCAAAAUAUGGUGUUAAUAUUGAACGUGUAUUUACAAAGACUUUACGUGAAAAGUUUGCAUGGGCCGCUUCAACAACUGCUGAUUGGGAAUUUUAA